UCUGCACUUUCCCAUUGAGCAGCAGGAGAAAUGGCAGCCAGGCACUGAGACACAUGUCAUCACAAUCUGAGAGCCGAAAACACUGAAACCGGGGCCGGAGAAAUACUUUGAAACAAAAUGUCUCGUCACAGAAAUGUCCGAGGUUACAACUAUGACGAAGAUUUUGAAGAUGAUGACAUGUAUGGACAAUCAGUGGAGGAUGACUACUGCAUAUCUCCAGCAACAGCAAAUCAGUUCAUUUAUUCACGCCGAGAAUUGCAAGCACCAAAAGAAGAGACGCUAGAGGAGGAAGAAUAUGAAGACGACGAUGUCCCCAUGUCCCCAACUGUCAACCACAACCUUGACCCUCUUGAUCAAGCCAAGUUGUAUUCCUGUCUGGACCACAUGCGGACUGUGCUGGGAGAUGCAUUGCCUGAAUCAGUCCUGAGUGAAGCUGCUAUGAAACACAGAUUUGACCCGCAGAAGGCGCUGGAUGCAGUUCUGUCCGGAGACUCCAAAACGGCACCAGUUCCUAAAAGUACAAGUGAAGAUGUGGCGAGAGUUAGUAUGGACAUGGCCCCUCUACCACAGAGAGUCAAAAGAGAGCCUGCAUCUGAAAAAGCUAAAAGAGACGUUUCUCAGAAUAAGAUGGAGUCAGAGGUUGUUCCUAAAGUUGCCCGCAUGACCGUCUCUGGAAAGAAGCAGACCAUGGGCUUUGACGUGCCGAGCACAGACGAGAAUGGCAUCAGCGCAGUGCGUAGAGGAGGCAGCCCCGAAAACGCCGUAGUAACGUCUGCACCGGAGCCCAAACCGCCAGAGACCCCCUCCAAAGGGAACGGAGAGGAGACCACCACAACACCCACCCCCAGCAAAUCCUCAAGCAAAAACAGACAAGCAAUCAACGUCAAGGCGGAACUAGAGAAGAGACAAGGAGGAAAACCUCUUCUAAACUUAGUGGUGAUAGGUCAUGUGGAUGCAGGUAAAAGCACACUGAUGGGACAUUUGCUCUAUCUCCUGGGUAACGUGAACAAGCGCACCAUGCACAAGUACGAGCAGGAGUCUAAGAAGGCGGGAAAGGCCUCAUUCGCCUACGCUUGGGUUCUGGAUGAAACUGGCGAAGAACGUGACAGAGGAGUGACGAUGGACGUGGGCAUGACCAAGUUUGAGACAAAUUCCAAGGUGGUAACACUGAUGGAUGCCCCUGGACACAAAGACUUCAUUCCCAACAUGAUCACAGGAGCUGCCCAGGCUGAUGUGGCAGUGUUGGUGGUGGAUGCCAGCAGAGGGGAGUUUGAGGCGGGGUUUGAGGCUGGGGGACAGACCAGAGAACAUGCACUGCUGGUCCGAUCACUUGGAGUCACUCAACUGGCUGUGGCUGUUAACAAAAUGGACCAGGUUAAUUGGCAAGAGGAGCGCUUCAAGGACAUCACGUCCAAGCUGGGCCACUUUCUGAAGCAGGCAGGCUUCAAGGAGUCAGAUGUUUUCUACAUCCCGACCAGCGGCCUGUCAGGAGAGAACUUGACCACGAGGAGCACUGUGUCAGAACUCACAUCCUGGUACUCAGGGCCCAGUCUGCUGGAGCAAAUUGAUGCCUUCAAAGCCCCUCAGAGGUCCAUUGACAAACCAUUUAGACUCUGUGUGUCUGAUGUGUUCAAAGACCAGGGCUCAGGCUUCUGUGUAACUGGGAAGAUAGAGGCUGGUUAUGUUCAGACUGGAGACAGGAUCCUGGCCAUGCCCCCCAACGAAACCUGCACGGUCAAAGGGAUAACGCUCCAUGAUGAGCCUUUGGACUGGGCUGCAGCAGGAGAUCAUGUCAGCCUGACACUCACAGGGAUGGACAUCAUUAAAAUCAAUGUUGGCUGUGUGUUUUGUGAUCCCAAGGAGCCAAUCCGAGCCUGCACCAGAUUCCGUGCACGCAUUCUCCUCUUCAACAUAGAAUUUCCCGUAACUCAAGGCUUCCCGGUUUUGCUGCAUUACCAAACUGUCAGUGAACCAGCCACCAUCAAGAAGCUGAUCAGUGUUUUACAUAAGAGCAGUGGUGAGGUCCUCAAAAAGAAACCAAAGUGUCUGAGCAAAGGCAUGAACGCCAUAGUAGAGCUCCAGACACACAGACCUGUGGCAUUGGAGCUGUACAAGGACUACAAGGAACUGGGCCGCUUUAUGCUGCGCUACACCGGCUCAACCAUCGCUGCUGGGGUCGUCACGGAGUUCAAAGAAUGAAGAUGACCAGUAUCAAUACGCCUUUGGACUUGUCUCAAUAAGCCACAAGAUGCCAAUAACAAAAAUGUCUGAAUGGACUGGGAACAUGACCUCACUCUGCUUCACUUGACUUCUCCAGUCAACACUAACAUUAAAAAUGUUGUUAUUAUUUGAAAAAAGUCACAAAUCAACUCUGCACUCUCUUCAAGUGGCCUGUCCUGUGAAGUAUAUUCUUGGCUGUUAAACACAUUUAAACUCUAAGUACCUAUGAAUAUUUAAAUUGAGAAAUUGGCUCAAGUUUGAGGACAGUGCUCUCAUCAUCAUCAUUACAUUUUUUACUGCUGCUUGUAAAAGACUUAUAUAAUUGACUUGCCUCCGGUAUAGAUGGUAUAGGAGGAGGCACCUAGAGCUAUGUAAAUAUGUACUUUAACCAGUGGGCUAAUUAUGAACAAAUGCUUUUUACCCCUAGAGAGAUAAGAAAUGGUAUCAAUACCCACUACUUGAAGUACUUGUACAAAACACUUGUACAGCACCAUUUUAUUUGAAGGGCUGGUUUUAUAAACUAAAGACUAUUUGAGGAUCAGCUGUCUUUCAGUUUCUUUUUGUUGAACUGGACAUGUUGGUGAAUAACAAGGCCACAACACGAUCAUUACACCAAUCA